AUGGCUUCCGCACUCCUCCGCAGCUUCUUCUCCCCCGCCGCCCGCCAAUCCCUCACAUCAACAACAACGACUCUCUCCUCAACAUCAAUAUCCCCCAUCGUCUCCAGAUUCCACUCGCCGCUCCUCUCCCUCGCCCAGCGCUCAUUCUCAACAACCCCCGCCCCGCAAGCCACGCUGAACCAAGUCCUGCGCGGCAUCCGAAAGGGCAAGCGAGCUCGUCACGCCGUCUCGCCCGCUCUAUCCAACACGCACUGUCCCGCCCUCAAGGGCGUGUGUCUGCGUGUCGGCGUCGUGAGGCCCAAGAAGCCCAAUUCCGGUGAGCGCAAGACUGCGCGUGUCAAGUUAUCCUCGGGAGCUGUUGUUACGGCGUAUAUCCCUGGUGAAGGGCAUAAUAUCCAGCAGCAUAGCGUGGUGCUUGUGAGGGGAGGGAGGGCGCAGGAUUGUCCUGGUGUGCGGUAUCAUUUGGUGCGAGGAGCAUUGGAUCUGGGUGGUGUUGCGAGCAGAACGACGAGCAGGAGUAAAUAUGGUACCAAGAAGCCCAAGAAGGCUACUGUUGGUUGA